AUGUCGCUGAGAACUUUCAGAAACUGUAUCGCUGGCUGCGUUGACGAGAACUCCAUUGUUGGCUUUGCCGUGGAGCCUGGAGAGCGCAAGGAGCGGUCAGAUUUGCCAUCUUUAGCUUCUUCUUUAGACACUCUUCUGGAACUGCGGGCUGGGGCAAAGGGAUCGGAAUAUCCGAGGCCAGAUGACGACCAAUCCUCUGCCGAUGCUUCGGCCUGUGGUGAGGAAGAGGACGAGUCCGUGGUGUCACCUGGGCAAGCCCUUCUUGCCAAGCUGAAGGCGGAGGUACAGGUCACCUUGGAAGAAAAAUUGUUUCCGAAAGUCGACGAAAAAUAUCGCUGCCCAUUGUGUCCUUUUCGGGCCUUUGCAAAACUGACUAGAGUUUCGCAGCACAUUGCCAAGUACCACACGGUGAAGGUGCAGUUCUGCCCUAGCGGCACGAAGCAAGUCAAGUUAUUGUUGGCGCUAUAUGACGAAGAUUGCAUGCGUGGGAAGGAUGGCCAAAACUAUCUCCAGCGCAGUUCUGACACUCUGCGGCAAACUGUUGCGCCGUCCCUUCUGUCAUCCCGAACAGAUAUUGACAAAUUCAUUCGCAUCGUCUUCACGGCGGCCGGCCCUGUCUAUCGAAACUUGGACGCCUUGACCGACGGUGAGCCUUUGCGCCGUGUCAGGAAUAUUUACUACACACGCUGCUUCGCGCACUUGGUCGUUCGUGAGAUGCUCUUGUGCAACGCAAAGGUCAGAGCCAUGAUUCCACGAGUUACGCAGGAAGCGGUCGCCAGGAAUUGUCUGACCACUAGCCUGCUUCCUUCCAACGUGAAGGACUGGUGGCCGAUCGUGGAAGAUAUCUUCACUUCCCCUAGGCUGAGCGAUCGCAAAGAUUCCUUGCUGCAAGAAGCAGUGCAACAUGAAGAGUUCGUGGCGAUCUCAAUCGAUGCCACAAUGCGAUGCUGUCUCUCAAUUCUGGGCCAAUGCCACCCACGUGCGCCGCAGGCGGACCGUUUACAGGCAGCCUUCGACGACGCUGCUGCUAAGCGAAAAGUUUUGACUGUCCGCGGCAGAACCAAUGCAGUUCUACUGCUUCACGCCGUGCCCAGCGAAGCUGCUGAGGUUAUUGUCACUGCGCUGGCAGAGCUGCCAGCCCAUGCUCUGGCGCAAAUUCAGUUCAUUGCGAGCGACAGCCCUUCAAGUGCACUGGCCCGGCAGCUGCGACGAGUCUGCCCCAACCUUGUGAUGCUCAGCCUAGAUCCCGUGCACUUGGCCUUUGCAUGGGAGUACUCAACUUGGAAAAAACGCACACCUGGCAGCAAAGCGCUCCGAGCAGUCCUCAGCAAGCUCAGUGUGCGGGAUCCACAGGCAACAGCUGAGCAUUGGGGCUGCGUGUAUGAAGGUACGGCGCCACCCGAGCUGACACCCAGAGAGCAGGCUCAACGUGACCGCAUCAAGGACGGCGGCAUGCCACUGCGGGCAGCCAAGCAAACCCUUCACACUAUGGAUUACAGUGUGCCUUUUUAUGACAGGAUGGAAAUUGUCAAGGCAUUCGCAGCUCUUUCGGCACUCUAUCCAGAGGAGGUGGCAAAGGUGUCUCCGGGACCGAAUAGGAAAGUUUGCGAACUCUUGUGGACCGCGACAUCUCCAGACCGUCUCGAGUGGUACAUGAACAACAUUCGGUCCAGGCAUUACAUGGCUUUUGCUCACCAUUCUCUGCUUCACGUGGGAACAACAAGCAAUGAAUCGCUCCACCGAGAGAUAAACUGCUGGUUCAACCAGACACAGCAGAUGCAUCAGGCUGUUCUGGAUCUCAAGCUGCUUGUGCUUCAGUAUGGCAAGCUUCUAUCUCACAACGCGGCAAUGUAUCAUCCCACUUCUUCCCAGCUCAACCAGGCCACGGUGCUCGCACGGGUUGCUAGCCUUGAGAUGUGGACCUUAAGGCAAUGGCAAAGCUGGUGCUCGAUGAACAUGGACGUCAAUGGGAUUGGGAAGGCAAGUCUCCCAAUCAAUCUGAUGCGGCAAGAGCAACAAAGACAAGUACGAGCUGCUCGUAAGAGACCGGCAAGCUCAUCGCCAAACUCGCAGACUCACCGUGCAAAAAGACGAUCACCUUUCACGCUGCAAAGAAAAGACGGGGUGCGGCGAGGAGGUGUGCGCGAUGCGUCUCUGCCAAAGAACGCGCGUCCUCCGGUUCGAAAGCGACCGGCAAGCUUACUCCCAUGA